AUGUAUGGAAAACGAGAAUGUGAAAAGUCGCUCGCAAUUGCAUCUCUUUUACCCUACUUUGGACCUGCACUUGGCCCGAUCUUUGGAGAUAUCAUCGCACAAUCAGUGGGGCCCAUUGAUACCUUAGUUGGGUACUAUUUCAUCCGAGAAUCUUAUACACCAGUUCUUCUUCGACGAAAGGCCAAAUCCGAAGCUAUGUCUACACCUAACUCCAAAAGGACAUUCAAAAUUCAAUAUUGGCAAGAACUGUUCCCUCCAUUUUCUGUUGGACUUUUCCGUCCAUUUCAGAUUCUAAUCCGUCGACCACUGCGCCUCAAGUUGGGGGUCGUAUCAUGGACUGGCUAUACAGAAGUCUUGGCACAAAAACAACAUCCACGGCAGACCAGAGUUUCGUGUUCCAUGGAUGGUGCUAUCUUAAUACCGAUUGGGCUGUUUUGGUACGGCUGGGUGGCCGAAGUAACUGGCCCACUGGCAGUAGUUGAUAUCGGCGCAUCUGUAUUUACCUCAGGGAAUAUGGUAGUCAGUCAAGGUCUUCUUGUUUCCCAGUUGGAUGAGUCUGGUAGAUACGGGGCAUCGGCAAAUGCGGCAUCCUAA